AGUGUCCUCCUCCUCCUCCUCCUCCUCCUCCCCCUCCUCCCCCUCCUCCUGCCCCUCCUCUUCCAAUUUCCCCCCCUCGUCCCCCUCCUUCCCGUCUCAUCUACUCCCUUAAUGCUCUCCUUUCUUCGAGCAAGCACGAAAACCCUCCACCCCCCACCGGGUGCUUGUCUGUGUCGUUGCGUGUGCAGUUCAUCCCCGAAGAGGAAUUUCCUGGUGGUUGGUGGAGUCAGAUCACCGACGUGUUUCCAUGGAUCGCUGCGUGCCCUUGGCCGAGCAAGCCAACGCAGGCACUCAUGACAUGCAUCAAACCGGAGAUUAUGACAUCAAUCAAGGCCAUAUGGGACACCGGAAGGUUUUCGAACUUCUUCGAGAUGCUUAGGCUCAGCGACUUAGCAGUACUAGCCAGCACGUGGGACAAGGGAGCGGUGAUCUUCCAGAACGAGCUUAGGGGGCUAGCAGAGAGACUGGAAAGGAGCAAAGUAGAGUACGAUAGGGAGUGCCGAGAACUACCGGGGAGGACCGCCAGCAUUGAGAGUCUCUUCCUCAGAAUCUGGGGAGUGAGUGAUGCGCAUGUUAGAGGAGUAGCCGCACCCAAGGAACGCAGACCACACAAUGCAACGCAGCAUUCUCGGCAAUUAGGAAUCCAAGCGUUAGAGAUUGGGCAGGACGAGUUGGAAGAAAUGGAGCAAGUGCUAGCGAUAAUCAACGCCACAACAGCAGGAAAGAUUUCCCCACCAAGAAGGAUUAGGCGCUACACAACUGCAGAUCCCGGAGCCCAGUUUACUGCAUUUGCACCCAUAGCGUCAGAAAGGUGGGUCGAGCACACAUGCGUAGGCUUUAGGCACACCAUCUGGAGGAUGGACACGUUUAACCACCUUUCACCAAUGUCCAUCAAAGCACUCCAAUUCAUAGCCGGGAUUACGGAUGAGGAGGCCUUGAAGUGCCAGGAGACCGCACUGGACGGAGAACUCGAGCAUGCGGGAAGAAUGAGUAAGUCCAUCGAACCAAGCGACCUCAGCUACCCGCCGCUGUCGUACCUGGAUCCAGACAAGUGUGGGGAUACCCCGCCUGUAUGCAUGCAAAAAGGGAUGAAGCAGCCACCGAACUUGCAGUUGAGAAGCCUACGCAAAGUUUGGAGCACUGGGAGGCCCUACCUGAAAUGCCAAUGCGGAAGAGACAGUCAGAAAGACUGCCCAGGAGGACCAAUCUGGUUCGACCAUGCUCUACGGUACAUGUUAGCGCACCCGGACAUCCUCUUCCUGAACAUGUCUUCAAUCAGAGUGCAGACGUCGAUGCUCUUUCACUUUCUCCGCACCUCCUGGAAGCCAGCCGUCCUGGACUACAUCACCUUCAUCAACAUCAGACACGUCAUGAUGGGCUUCAUCGCGUGCCUAGAAGCGGACGCAACUCUGGACGCAGAAUCAUAUAAUGAAGCAAUUGCGGCUAAGCUGUGCAAGCCGUUUGACGUGUUCCGAGACUUUGACCUAGAUUAUUGGCUCGAGAACUACAAGGAGGAGGACUGUCACUGCAAUGCAGAAAGGAACGCGAACUUUCGCAAUGAAUGCACCUUCCAGCUGGACCCCGGCGCCAAGCGAGCGCACUUCGUCACCAUGGAUACCACCAUCUCCGACAACCCGAAACUCAGAGCGAUGAUGAACAGGGGACUCAACCACAUCCCCAUGAAGGCAAUGGACAUCAACGAAGCAGCGGGAGAGGUGAACAGCCUACUAGACAAGCUCUUCGAGAUGCACGUGGACAUCGAGGACAUACCGGAGAAACAAAAAAGGAGGAUCAGAAGGCUGGUCGAGGAGAAAGUCAGGCAGAUGAUGCGAACCUUCCUGGGAUGCAGGAGGCACGUGGUAGCAGAGCCAAUCGACAGUGUGCAAGUGAGAAGGGAGUUCGAAAUGAUCACGGACAAGUUCAUGAUAACCCCAACGGACAAAGCAGCCAACACCGCAUCAUUUGUAUGUGUGAACUUCAUCAGGACCCUCGCACUUCAGAGGCUAUCCGGUCUCGACUUUGCUAAGAGCGAUGAGUUACCUUACUCCAUAGCCACCAGACUGAAGGAGAAGCUGCGUCACCUGGAACCAAUGCAAGUCAACAGCAGGGAUCUGCCGUACAUAAUGACCGUGUACAUUGUACAAAGCACACAAGAACUCAUUCAGAUGGAUUACGAACACAGUCGGCUCGGUCCUCUUACGUAUGACGGACCUGUGCGCAUGUUUGCUCAGGUUCCUGGUCAAGAGCGUGUAAGCUUUCUGCAAUGAGCAAGCCAAGGAAAUCCUGCGGAUCCACGACAUCAAACCAAACCUC